AGAAAUGCUUUACAGGACUGUAUUUAAGGUAUUAAAUGUAAGGAUUUGUAAAAUAUUAGCUAAUUAGUGGUCACUAGGGUCUUAUCUGUCGCUAAGCCAAAACCUAAAUUAUGAUUUUUAUCAAGUAGGAAACACGAUCGUCGAUGUUAUGGUAUGGAUUUUCGAAGUAUAAUCAUGUCAGCGGUAAUGUCGGGUCUACUAAGCAUCUGUUUGGAUUGUCUUAUACUUUUAAGGUAGCGAGUCCUUGCUUAUGAUGUGUUGCAUAUGAUGGUAUUAUCUAAUUAUACAGUUAGCUCACAUCAGAGCAACUGCCGCCGUUGUCGAUUAAAAUUAGGACAUUUGUUUUGUUCAAUACUCGUAGCUAAAGAGCCAACGAACUUUCAACCGCUAUGCCACUAGCAAGCACACUUUUCAUAAUCCUUCCACCUCAACUCAUUAAUUAUCAUCGAUAUCUUAAGAUUAAAGAUUUACCCUGCCAAUCAUUGAACACGCCAAAAAAUAAUUUAUAGACUAAAUUACCUUCAAAUGUUUAGUUAGUUUAUUAAAGAAAAUCAACCUGAAAUGGAGCAAAAAUUGCGCGCUUGGCUACGCUACUCGCUCGUUUUCGGACUCUACAUGAGUCCAACGCAGAGAACACAGUAUAUAAACAGAGGGGCCACAUCCCGCAAGCGUCUUGCAUGGGUUGGACAUAGUCAAAUACUACAACCACAACAUUUGAAGAUAAUUUACAUGUACUUGCUAUUGAUGGGGCUCUGUGCAAUCUAUGUGAGAGCACUUGCCUCAAGUAAACCCGUACCGGGUUUAGCUAGUGAUGCAGUCACCACUAUACGAGCGUUAACGAGUUUAGUCAUUGUGGCCGAGGGCCUUUGGCGUCAACAACAACAUGAAACAUUCCUGAGAUUACUGCAUGAUAUUGAAUUCUCACUGAAAUUGCGACUGAGAGGGGACAUCAAAUUUGAUAGUUUGCCGUCACGUGUGCGUUGGCUCUUGAAAUACCUACUUUGGCUAUCGCUGAUAUGCUUCGUCAUGGCUGUGUAUAAUUUUAGCCAACUACAAUAUUUGGGUCGUUAUUGGUACUCCAUUGGGUAUAGCAUUAUCAUUCGUUUCCGUAUCAUACAGUUGUGUGUUUAUGUGUGUGUGUUGCGAAACUACUUGGAGUGCCUUUGUAUGAAAUUACAACAGCUUGUAGCAUAUCGUACGGCGCCAAACCAACAGCUUUUGGAUAUUAACUAUGAAAACCUACAAAGUCUCGAAUAUCUUCGGGCAAUUAAGCAUAUCUACGAUUUGCUCUACAAAGCAUUUGAGCAACUCAACGAAUUCGCUGGCUGGUCUCUCUUUGCCAUAAUAACCUGUUAUAUUUUGGACUAUUGUUGUGUGGUCAACUGGGUGUUGCUCAGCUGGGAGGGAUAUCUAGAAAGUUGCAGCUAUUAUAUACCAGGCUUUUGGUGGCUUCUACCUAUAACCGCUAUAAUAUGGCACAUUUGUUAUUUGUGUCAUAAUUGCAAGCAAUUGGAUCGUUUGUUGGCCACAAACUUGAGCCGUAUAAUAAUAACGAGUUCCUCCCAAUCGAAGUGCUCUUACCACAUUUUUCUACAGCAAUUCUGCACACAAUUAGAGCUGCAGUGCAUCGAUGUGACCGCAAAAAGUUUCUUUAUAUUAGAUUUGCGUUUACUAAUGUCGGUUUUCGCAUCUGUGACCUCUUAUAUGGUGAUAUUGAUACAAUUUUUAUAUAUUUAAACUAGCUGACCCCGCAGACGUUGUCCUGCUCGAAAUUUUUUGUUUUGAAAAGAAAACAAAGUGGAAUUUAUAUUGUGUUGAAUAUAUUCAUUUCCGACUUUCAAUGUAACGCAGCUGUUUGUUAAGCAAUUUUUGUUUUCUGUUCCGGUGCGUAAAUGUACAGAGAUGAUGGUUUUCCAACUCAUAUAUCACAUUGAUCGAUGGCUGCGUCACAAUCAGUCGGGUUCAAUUACACAGUUUCGGCGCAUGAAGAUUGCGAAGCAUAGUAAGACUAUGUUGUCACGUACCGCCACAAAUACGAUGACUUGAGACAUGAUUUCGAAAUAACAGUAAGGGUUUGUAAAUAAUCGCCUGAUAACAGGAGCAUUACGCCAGCAAAGCCACGAUUAUUAUCCCACAGAACUUCCAUUGUUCGGUCGAGUGCUUCUAGCGAAUUGAACUCAUUUUAUACUAUCAGUUUACAAUUCUUCAACACUUUA